AUGGACAAGUUUGAAAAUGGGGUAUCUAAAUCAACCCUCCCGGUCUUACUGGGUCAGAUUUGACCUCCUUCUGCUGACUGAGCAUUUUGCCAUUCCGUUCCCAUUUCCAUCAUAAUAUAUCGGUUUUCUGAUUUUUUAGUCGGACACAUUCUGGAAUUGGGAAAAAUCUUCCGCUUUUGACCUUGAGGUGUCUGAGACCAUUAAGAACACGAGUGAACACUGGGUUAACGUGGAUGGCGAACCUGUGUCCGUCGGUGGAGGGAGGACACCCAAUGACCACCUUAGUGCCACGAUGCAACGUAUGGUGCACGGAGAGGCCCUUAGUGAUGUGUCACAACUGAUCUUUCGCGACCCUGCCCAAUUUCGGGCCGGGGAACUCCACUCUCAUGUCUCAGCAUGGGAAGACCUGCUGAACGGCACAACCCCCUCUCCACAACAGCAACAGGUCCUAGGUUGGAUAAAAGAAGGUGUAUCAGUUCAUCAUUAUUUUCAGCAUUUUCAAGGCCGUUUUAAGGGUGAAGAGUAUGAUUCUGCCUUGCCACCAUCACAUAUUUUCAAAAAUAAUAGCUUUUGUAAACCCUUUGUCUCUGUGAUUCAACGUACACUCAUUGAACGCAUCACAACGGGCGCUAUCUCUCUCUUCGGACAGGUCGGGAAAGUGCAACCACCGCACCUGGUUCUACCCCUGACAAUGGAACCUACCAAGCCCUGUUUAUGCCAGGACGCACGGUUUUUAAAUUUAUGGAUGCAAGAUAAGCCUUUUGUCCUGGAUAAAUUAAUCGAUUUACCACGUUAUGUUUCCCAUGAUUCAUAUCAGACCGUGAUUGAUGACAAAUCCAGAUACGACCACCUUCUCAUGACCUCUGAUAGCUGCACCUAUUUCGGAUUCCAGUGGGGUGGUUGGUAUUUCGCAUACCGCACCCUUCCAUUCGGUUGGAAAAUUUUCCCCUACGUAUACCAGUUCAUGGGCUUGAUGGCCACAAACUAUUUCCAUUCCAUUGGCAUCCCUUGCCUCCUUUAUAUUGAUGACCGCCAUAAUGGCCAACUCCAGGUUGAUUUUACUAAAGGAGUGCAGAAGCUUGUGGAUCAUCGUAAUUACGCGGCGGCCGUCUUUCUAGUCGCUUAUACCCUGAUACGUCUCGAAUACUUCCUAGGUCUAAAAAAGUCUAUCUUAACACCGAAAAAGAAUGUACCCUAUCUUGGGUUCCAUGCUGACUCGGCCAAUGAGGUAUUUCAUCUUAUCCCUGAGAAGCAGCGGAAGUUCGUCGAUUUAAUACGUGCAACCCUACAGGAGAACUAUGUCUCUGUUAAAACUCUCCAGCGGCUUGUCGGAAAAUGCGUCUCCUUUUCACUCGCUGUUCCUGCAGCGCGAUUAUUCACCCGCGAGAUGAAUUCAGCUAUUUCGCGUGGGAUAUCAACACAAAAACUUGUUCCACUCACCUCUCAACUCCGUGAUGAGAUUGCUCAUUGGCUCUUCCUGGAAACGUGGGAUAGCCCUCUCCCUUGGAGAGAUGAACGGCACGUACAAGUAAAGCUGGCCACUGAUGCAUCUCAAUCGGGUUGGGGUGGUACUCUUCUUUCCUCCCAGCCACAGGAGACAUCUGACUAUUGGAUGGGAAAUGAGAUUUCAUGGGACAUUGCGACAAAGGAGGCAACGGCUAUUGAUCGCGCAUUUUCUCCUCGUGUUAUUAAUUCAUGUGUCGAAGUGCUAGUAGAUAACUAAGCCGUUAUCCAUGCCUGGAAUAACCAGGGAGGUCACUGUAGCCCCUUGAAUAAUGUGUUGAAGACCUUGUUUAAUACCACCACUGAAUUGAAUGUCUUACUCCACCUCUCCUAUGUCCCCACAAAGGACAAUCCAGCGGCCACACCUUCACAGAGAUUAUCUGUAAUCGAUUCCAAGCUUACACCAGGUAUAUGGCAAAAGGUCCAACAAGAGUGUGGUGGUGACACUGGUCACUCCUGUGAUUUGAUGGCUCUGGACUUCAACACCAUGACAGACCUUGCUGGAUCACCACUUCCCCAUUUCAGCCCCUCUCCUUCGCCAGGUGCCCUGGCUGCAAAUUUGUUUGCUCAAAACUCGCUUCCUAUCCGUCAGUUAUGGACCGACCUUAUGUUUUUCCUCCCCUGAUACUUGUUGGACCCCUCCUCAAAUUCCUUUGUGCCCAACAACAAUCAUGUACGGUGGUUGUCCUUGAUAACUACCCCCGCAAGUAUUGGUGGCCCCUGUUGCAGUCCUAUUCCUCCAGGUCUUUCCUCUUAGUGCCUCGAGGUCAUGGUCAAGCCUUAUUGGUCCCCACUCAAAGGGGAUGGAGCACCAUGGCGCAUCUACCAGCUGAUUUGUGGGUCUUCAUGAUUGAAUUCCCUUAAUGAGAACCAUUAUUUACAUUGACUCACAUAUAUUCUGUAUUAUUAAAUUAUAUUGUGUACCAUAUACAUAGACAAUACAUUACUUUUGAUGCCAACUCAGGAAUAAUAUCCUUGUGCAUUGCCUGUUGGAUUAGUUUUAUAAAAAUAAAGCAAUCUAAGCACAUAUAGACUUACAGGCAUUUGACUGCAUUAUAUGGGUAUUUUCUGUUAACAGGCUCUCCCACUCAUCGCCAAAUUAAUUCAGCCCUUCAGUUCGUUGUCCCUCAUGCAGUUAUGCAAAUGACCAUGACUUUCAAUUUUGCCAACAGUGUUGCUACCGUCGAAAGGUCAUUACCCGAACCCCGUCUCAUUGCAUUGAGUGUGAUUUGGAAUACAUUGACGCUCGUCUAAACCACCUGUUGACAGUCGACAGCAACACCAACUAUUCCAAAUAGAAGGAGUCGUUAAAGAAUGAGUUAGAGAUAUUUUUUACUCUGCUCCCUACCUGCACCACCUUGGAGACUGUUACACCUCGGGAUCUGUGCCGCUUUCUUAUAUACAAGGAUUGACAUAGAAAAACCCAAGUCCAUCAACAAGGUUGUCCCCAUCUUGGCGAAAAAGGCCACCAUAAUUGCGGAUGUCCGAUGCAAAUGUCCUACAAGACAGUCGAUUCUUAUAUUGGGAAAUUGCGGUCCAUCUUUCACGUGCUAGGUCGUGAUGGUGAAUGGGAUAAACACCUCGGCUUGGGAAACCCCUGCGCUGACAAAUCCAUGAAAGACUACUUACGGGUAAUCACUGCUGAACAGCUCCAAGCCAGGAUCACACCAAUACAGGCCUCCCCUUUCUUUGUGGAUAAGCUUACCCAAUUAUCCCUACACCUUGAAAGAAACUUAAAUGAGUCAAAGAAGUCUCUAAACAAGUUUAUUCUUGCCCAUGACCAGGCCUGUUUUAAGAUGGCUUUCUUUAGCGGCGACCGUCCAGGUGACUUAGGCCAAAUCAGGGUCCCUGAAAUUCUGAGAUUCCCCAACGAUGAUGGAUUCCUCUUCAAUCAUGUAUGGGGAAAAACUCUCAGGGACAGUGAUACGAAUGUCUUUGGUAUUCGACGGAACCCAACUACCAUUUGUCCUAUUAGGGGUGUUGAACUGUACAUGGACGCAGCACGCCAGCUCGGUAUUGACCUCACUUGUGGUUAUUUAUUCAGACGACUACACCUAAGGGUGGCGUUCAAGAUUCCCUCUUCAUCUCUUCUACCGCAGAAGCACGCUUAAAACAAUACUUAUGUGAAAUGAAUGCCGAUGAAGGUGAAACACUCCAUGGUUUCAGCUGCGCCAUCACCUUGGCUCUUUCUGGUGCGGAUCUCUCAGAGAUCAUGGAUCAUGUUGGCUGGUCUAGACGCCACACUGCAUUAUACUAUAUGCAGUUAGCGGAAGUACUGAAUCCUGUCGGAGCCUCUGCCAAGUUAGCAUCCAAUAUUGCUGUGGACUCAUCUCAUGCGUUGCAGGAUCUCAAUGAGUUGAAACAGUUUGUUUGUGCUUUUCCACAGGAACAACCUCAUAAACGACCUUGUUCCGAUAGUUGAUUCUAUUCAAUUCAUUGUAUAGUGUAUGUGCAUGAUAGAAUCCUGGGGUGGGAGUUUUUCUCACAUAGGUUUGGCUGUAUUGAGGUUUGGGGUCAAGUAAGGCCUAGUUAAUGUUGGUUUAAGUAGGGGGUGGGGGCUAGUUUCAGAAAUAGCCAUAGGCAAAUGUUGAUCCACAUUUACUCCUGUUCCUUAUUCUAGCUGAGCAAGAAGGUUACUAUUCAUAACACUCUUAAUGAUAUGCAAAGAUAUAAUAUGGAACAAUAAGCAAGCUAGGAUCAAUAAAUAGUAAUGAAUGGCUCGAUCACGUGUGGAAUAGGUAUAAAAUGCAGUUUCUGGCGAGAUAACACUCUCCCACUGCUACACUUGCGUGGGUCGGACUCCGUCACACCGCAUCCCAGUCACGCUGUUCCAGCCUGUCUGGGACCAUGCUGACUACAUUUACUCCUGUUCCUUAUUCUAGCUGAGCAAGAAGUAGAGUGUUAUGAAAUAGGUUACUAUACUAUACUAUACUAUACUAUACUAUACUAUACUAUACUAUACUAUACUAUACUAUAAUACAUUUUUUCUUUUAUUUUUUUUUAAAAAACAUGAUAUUAGUAGAUAUAGCAAAUAAAGUUCAAUAAUAGACAAAGUCCUUAGAUCUUGUGGACUUUGAUACAUGUCCUGAUCUCGUUCUUAUUACAGUAUCUUUUGCAGAAUUAUCUGUUUCUACCACAUUGUUAGAUUUAGGUUUAACUUCUUUAUUAUCUAACAUGUCAUGGAAUAUUAAUGCCUGUUCUGCAAUCGAAGCACGGAGUCAGAAACUUUACAUUUCUAACAUAUGUUUUCCCACCUACUGUAUUAACUACCUUGCAAUUAUCUCUUCCUAGAAAGUCUAUAAUCACAUACUUAGUAUUGUCAAAUUUAGACUUGCGCUUACUAUUACUAUCAGACUUACUCCUGGCAAGAUACACAAUAUCAUCAACCACAAACGAGUGUGCUUUUGCAUGUUGUUUACGAUCAUGAUAAGACUUCAUUCGCUUUUGAUACAAUCUUGCAUCUCCCUCCACAUUGUUUGAGCUCACAUCACCAUUCAGCUUAAUUCAUGGAAGCUCUGUAUGUAUCUCCCUAUAAAAAAGGAAACUUGCUGUAGUUUUUCCUGUCAUGGGAUGAGGAAUGCUCCUGUACCACAUCAAAGUUUUAGGGAGUUCCUCUUCCCAGAAUCUACCCUCAAGAGUAACAGCUUGAAAAUUCUUUUUCAAAUAUCUGUGAAACCGUUCGAUUUUUCUGUUACUUCUUGGGAAAUAGGGCAAACUACGUACAUGCUUAAUUCCUUUAGAGUUCAAGAAACACCUGACUAAUAAAUUGUGGUCUGUUAUCAGAGACAAUUUCCUCAGGAUAACCAUGCCUAGCAAAUAUAUUCAUCAAAAUUUUAACAAUUGGCAAUGGCCACUUCAGGAAAGGAAGAGUAAUAGUCAAUAUAGGUUACCAAGUACUUAUCUAUUGGACCUAGGAUAUCAACUGCACCUUUUAACCACAGCGCUUUGGGUAACUGCACUUGCUGGAAGGGUUAUUAUUAUUUAACAGUCUACUUGCAGCGCAUGCUGGGCAGUCUUUAAUUGUAGACUCUAUCCCUAUCCAUACAUAUCCAAAAAAUUUUGACCUUAGCAACUGCUUGGUUCACACUAUAUCCACAUGACUUUCCUGAGCAAGCUUCAAAAUCUGCUUCUUAAGAGAAGUUGAAACGCCAAUACGAUUUCUGUGUAGUAAAACACCUUCGCAAACAGAAAACUCUUCCCGAAACUUUGCAAAAGGUUUAAUAUCAGCAUCAGCUGGCCAUGCACCCAUGCCAUGUAAACCAAAUUUAUAAUUUUAGUCAAAAUUUUAUCUUUUGCCAUUUCCUCUUUCACCUCUGAUAACGACAACACACAAUAAUUGUCAGGCAUAUCAUUUUCAACCACAAAUUUAAUAUACUCAUCUGCAACGUUACUCGAACUAGUUUCAUCUAUUUCAUUUAAAGGCAACCUUGAGAAAGAGUCGGCAAUAUUAAUUUUACCUUCAAUAUGUUUUAUCUUAUACUUAUAUUGAUGCAACCUCCACGCCAAACGUUGAAUCCGUGGGGGCAAAAUCUUUUUACAAUCUGAUGAAAGCAACCUGACUAAUGGUUUGUUGUUAGUGAGCAACGUAAAUUCAGUACGAAAAACAUAAUUAUGAAAUCUUUCAGCCGCACAAACACAUGCCAGUGCCUUGUGUUCAAUCUGCAAAUAUUGCGCUUCAGUAGGUGUCAGAGAUUGGCUUAUAUAUGCAACAGACUCACCUGUUGUUUGUUUCUGUAACAGAACCCCACCUAGCCCUACUGGACUUGCAUCUGUUACAAGAACAGUGGGACCAUCUAACAUAAAACAAGCCAACACUG